CCCAGACCAUCUGCGCUAGCAUGUCUGCGGCAUGUCGCCCACAGCAGCAGCAGCAGCAGCUUGGCUCCCGCACCCAGCUCCAUCCCGCAGCCUCUGUGAGCCCCGGCCUCUUGUGCAGGGAGACGGAGGCUCCCAGCGCCAGAGGAGGAGGGGCUGUGAGAACCGACGACUGGAAGUAACCACAACUUAACAGAACACUUACUAGCUAUAGGGCACGAAUCGUGGUGUCUUGCAGGCGCCCUCUCAGGCUGUGGAUCGGGGACGCAGACCUGCAUUGCCGAGGGACCGCCGCCUUUACAGGUCCGGAAACAGCCGGGACCCCUGGAGGGCCUGGAAGGGGAAGAGUCUCAGUGUCUGGGCCCCCAGGGGAUGCUGGGCCGCAUGGUGAGGCCGUUCCACGCCAGUAUGAACCCCGAAGGGGAUGUGGAGUUGUCGCAGUAUCUGGCAGGAUGGAGGGAGCUAGUCAGGUUCCUAAUUCCCCUCGGCUCCAUCUACGCCUUCGCCACCAGUGAGGCCUUCGCCAAAGUGACUGCCCUCGAGGCUCUGGUGCAUGUUCCCAGCCUAACAGCAACUCGGGGCCGCCUCUCCCUCUCUGAUUCCCAGACGGGCUCCGGAGCCUGACGUCCAGACCGUUUCUCAAGGGCUUUCUUUUCCUUCUCCCCCUGGAACGGAGACUCCGGGGAGCGGGGGAGACCACGGCCGUCCGUCAGCGCCAGAGGCCCGGCAGAGGCGGGGCGCGAGGCGGCUGCGCCUCCCUGCCGGGGCUCCCACCGUCUCGAACGGACAGUGCGGUCAGUACUGUCGAAGCCGCGUGAUCGCGGGCCUCCGGCGGCCAGGAAACUCCGGGAGGCGGAGCUCCUCCGUCUGCGCCCCCGCGCCCAGGCCCGAGCCUCGUCGAGGGGGCGGUCAGGAGCGUGGGAAAACGGAGAAGGAAAGCGAAAGACAGUCCCUUGGGCUUAUCUAGCUCGGCGCGGGGAUGCCAGCUCCCCCCGCCCUCCGCAGGUCAGUUGGCUGGACCUCCUCCCUGAGAGGCUCUCCCUUUCCUCGCCGGGGUCAGUCACACGGCCGGGGCGAUCGCUGCAGGCAAGUCCGCGCGCCCCGCUGCGCAGACACUGGCCGGGGCCGCGCGGGACACGCGGGGGCGUGGCCACCCGGGAGCGGGCCGGGGUCUCGGGAGCCUGACGUCACGCCCCACCCCGAGGUAUUUACCUUUGAAAGUGGUGGCGGCUACAGGUACCGGAGUAGAGGAGCGGCGGGGAGGGGCUCACCGCCAAGCCGAUCCAAGCCCAAGGGAUGCCCUGGCUCCUACACCCUUCUCCCACAGCCCACGGGACUCUUCCCUCCUCACCAAACCCUUUCCCAUAGGGUUAGCUCUCCUCACCUCCAUCCUCAGUUCAAACCCUACCUCUGACGGCUUGAGCCUCAAAUUUGCAGCCUCAAAUACCAUCUCCUUUCUGACGACUCAUCCUUAACCCUAAUCACCCACUUUCAAGUCUGGCCCCCAUUUCAUCCCCAACUCCCAUCCUCAGCCCUGAAAACUCCUUUCUCACUCCGAACACUCACCCAUAGAUUCCACCCUGAGGGACCCUCAAACACAGCCCGCCCCCAUUUUGUGACCCAGCCCUAAACUCUCACCAGGAUCUCUCCCUCACUAUUUAUCCCUUCCUCAGCCCAGUGUGGGCCCAGGCGCUGUGCCCCUGAGGACAUGGAAUUUGUGUCUGGAUACCGGGAUGAGUUCCUUGAUUUCACCGCCCUCCUCUUUGGCUGGUACCGCAAGUUUGUGGCAGAGCGUGGGGCUGGGCGGACCAGCCUCGAGGGUCGCUGGCGACAGCUGGAGGCUCAGAUCAGAAGGCUGCCCCAGGACCCUGCCCUCUGGGUGCUCCACGUCUUGCCCAACCGUAGUGUGGGCAUCAGCCUGGGACAAGGGGCAGAGCCAGGCCCUGGACCUGGCCUGGGAGCUGCUCGGCUCCUGGGAGAUGAGCUCCUACUCCACCUGCGAGAUCUAAGCCCCUAUGUCAGCUUUGUCAGCCUGGAGGAAGGAGAGGAAGGGGAGGAGGAGCGAGAGAAUGGAGAGGAGGGUGUGGGCAUGGAGAAGGCAGAAACAGAGGAUGGGGAGCCAGCCCCCACCAGCAGGGAGUCUCCCCAGGAAGCAAGUCCUGGAGGGGAGCCAGAGGAGGCUGAGCAGGAGGCAGGAGGUGGCGAAGAUGGCUGCCGAGAGGACAGGGCAGAGAUGGAGCCGGGGCCUGAGAGGAGGAAGGGACGGACAAGUGAGGCUGCACCCCUGCACCUUUCCUGCCUCCUACUGGUGACAGAUAAACAUGGCACCAUCUUGGGCAUUGAUCUGCUAAUGGAUGGAGCCCAGGGGACUGCAGGCAGGGGCUCAGGGACAGAGAACCUGGCUCCCCGGGCCUAUGCUCUCCUCUGCCACAGCAUGGCCUGCCCCAUGGGCUCUGGAGACCCCCGAAAGCCCCGACAGCUUACGGUGGGAGAUGCCCAGCUGCAUAAAGAGCUAGAGAAUCUGGUCCCCAGACUGGGAGUGAAAUUAGCCAAGACUCCAAUGCGGACAUGGGGUCCCCAGCCAGGCUUCACUUUUGCCUCCCUUCGGGCUCGAACCUGCCACGUUUGUCACAGACACAGCUUUGAAGUGAAGCUGACACCCUGCCCCCAGUGUGGUGCUGUCUUGUACUGCGGAGAGGCUUGUCUCCAGACCGACUGGAAGCGGUGCCCAGAUGAUGUGAGUCACCAAUUUUGGUGCCCAAGGCUUGCAGCCUUCAUGGAGCGGGCCGGAGAACUGGCGACUCUGCCUUUUACCUACACCGCAGAGGUGACCAGUGAAACCUUUAACAAGGAGGCCUUCCUGGCCUCGCGGGGCCUCACUCGUGGCUACUGGAUGCAGCUCAGCAUGCUGAUAUCAGGCCCUGGCACCCCCAGGCACCCCCGGGGCAGCAUGCCAUCCCUCAGCCUUCUUCUCCGUGGAGAUCCCUACCAGCUUCUCCAGGGGGACGGGCCUGCCCUGAUGCCUCCUGUGCCCCCAGAUCCACCCAGGGGCCUCUUUGGCUCAUGGCAGGACUACUACACAUGGCGGGGCCUCAGCUUCGACUCCCCCAUGGCCGUGCUUCUCACCUACCCACUGACGGUGUACUAUGUCAUCACCCACCUGGUGCCCCAGUCCUGUAAGCAGAGCCGAGGCCCGGGGAGGAGUGCAUGGAGCAGGGGGGACGGGGAGCUGGUAGGGAACAGCAGGUGGCGGGGAGGAGACCAUAUUCUGAAAUGGCUAGCUUGUCACCCAGUCCCUGAGCUGAACAUCCAGAACAAACAGUCACUGAAAAUCCAUGUAGUGGAGGCCGGGAAGGAGUUUGACCUUGUCAUGGUGUUUUGGGUAAGUCUCUCCGGGCUUGAAGGUUGGGCCUUUGGGUGUGGAGAUGGACGAAGGGUGGGACCCAGAUCUGUCCUGUCUGUCCUUCAGGAGCUCCUGGUCUUGCUCCCCCACGUGGCCUUGGAGCUGCAGUUUGUGGGUGACGGCCUGCCCCCCGAGAGUGACCAGCAGCAUUUUACCCUGCAGAGGGAUGGCCCCGAAGUACCUGUCCGCUCUGGUUCUGGGGUAUCAGCACGGCUCAACUCUGGGACUAAGGAGAAGGGGGGCCGCAGAGACCUGCACAUCAAGGUGUCUGCACGGCCCUACCACCUGCUCCAGGGGCCCAAGCCUGACUUGGUUAUUGGAUAUAACUCCGGCUUUGGUCUAAAGGACACUUGGCUGAGCUUGCUGCCCCGGUUACAGUCCCUCCGAGUGCCGGCCUUCUUCACUGAGAGCAGCGAGUACGGCUGUGUGAUGGAUGACCAGACCAUGGCGGUGGCCACAGGAGGGGGGACCAGCCCUCCACAGCCCAACCCUUUCCGCUCCCCCUUUCGCCUCAGAGCGGCCGACAACUGCAUGCCCUGGUACUGCAACGCCUUCAUCUUCCACCUGGUCUACAAGCCUCCGCAAGGGGGCGCGGCCCGCCCGGCGCCCGGGCCCGCGCCCCCCGCCCCGACUCCUGCGGCUCCUCCCGCCCCAGCCCGCAGGCGCCGAGGAGAAAAGAAACCGGGGCGGGGGUCCCGCAGGCGGAGCUGAGUCCGGAGAGGUAGCAGGCCGCCCCCUCUCCCAACACGUAACAGGCGAGGCCGAGGGGGAGGAUGGUUGGCGGAACACAAAAAGGUAAAUAAAAUUACUUGUUUGAAACCACUGAGACAAACGGUCUUAAUUGGGUCCUUCAACGGGGAGAGGAGAAAAGGAUUUAGGGAUAACAUUUUCCUCCAGCUCUUUUUCAGCUCCUUGACGGCUGCCCCCUCUCUUUCUCGGGAUUCCGACCCUCCUUGGUAAUCCCACACUUCUUCUAACCUGUAAAUUGAUUUGUCAGGGACCCGACCGGAGGCAAGGCAAGACCAAGAAACAAAAAGUGGCUUCUCCCUUGGGGGCAGGGGAGGUAUCCAGCUUCCUGGGAGCACACAGAAGCCUUGGCUUAGAUUCAGUGAAAGAGCUCAGCCACUCAGGUGUCCAAGUUAGAAAUCUCGUGGCCAUCCUUGACUUCACCUUCUCCGUCCUUCACCUUCCAAUAAAGAACC